AAUCAGUCUCACCUCUCACAGCACCUCAACAAAGGCACGCCCAUGAAAACUCAGAAGCGAGCGGCGCUCUACACCUGGUAUGUCAGGAAACAGCGGGAAGUUCUCAGACAAUUCAACCAGGCAGUGCAAGGUUCUGUCAGCAAUAUGACCGACAAAGGCAGUCAGGAUCAGGUGCUGUUUUUCUUCCCAGAGUUCAACCCUCCUGGUCAGGGUAUGGGGCAGCAAGGGGAGGAGGUGGGCUCUGAACCUUCCUGCAAGAAAAUGAGACGGAACCGUUUCAAAUGGGGGCCUGCAUCCCAACAGAUCCUCUACCAGGCUUAUGAAAGACAGAAGAACCCCAGCAAAGAGGAGCGGGAGGCUCUGGUGGAGGAGUGCAACAGGGCUGAGUGUCUCCAGAGAGGGGUGUCUCCGUCUAAAGCUCAUGGGCUGGGCUCUAACCUGGUCACUGAGGUACGGGUCUAUAACUGGUUUGCCAACCGGCGUAAGGAAGAGGCCUUCCGUCAGAAGCUGGCAAUGGACGCCUACCCCAUACCCAUCCACAGCAUGAACCCUCUCCUGUCUCACAGCCACAGCUCUCCACACCACCACAGCUCCCAGACCAGCGCAUCCCCCCCUAGUAAGAUGCAAGGUAGCGUCUCCACACCACAUGCAUACCACAGUACAUUACUCUGCUAUUAUAUCUAAUAUAAUACUACACAC